AACACCCAACAGGAGAGACAUUGGCUUGUGUGGCAGGAAACUUGAACAAGAUGCAGUCCCUCAACCUUAUCUUCAUGUUGGCACUCGCUGGCACAUCUUCAGCUUGCAAGUACUUCUGCAAAUCACCUGUUACUCAGGAAUAUGAAUGUUGUGAUGAUGGCAAUCCUUACUACAACCCAGAAGAAGAUCAAGGUGUAACAGCUGAAGUAGUGCCCGUGGAUAUUCCAGCCGCAGAAUUACCCAGCGGCCCCUCCAGCAACUGCUAUUAUUACUGCGCCUAUGAUGGUGAAGUCUACUGCUGUGGUGACGUUUCCAGGCCCAGUGAGUACAACGACUCUGACCCCGAGCCUCUCUCUCCGACCAGUACGACCUCUCACGACCCGCCUGACAUCUCUCCCCGACAGCCUGUCCUUUCCUUGACUGAUGCCAACAGACCGAGACCUUCUCCUUCCUCUGACCAAAGGUUUUCCCCAGGGCUAGCGUCGCGUUCCCAGUCUGAUCCCUUGUUAAACGGCACUCUGGACUCUGAGGGCUGACUCGCGAAAUUCUCUGUUGAAGUUGUCACUCAUCCAGAAGAUGGAUCGCAGCGGCGUCCCGUCUCUGAAGCCGACUCACAACUACCUUCGCCUUCCCCUUCACCUCCUGCAACGGCCGGCUAAAGACCAUGAGACUUCUCCCGCCCAGUACACGGUCAAGCCAACGCCCCGGUCUACUCCAUUAUCCGGAGCGAAGCCCAAUAGAGGCAAACCCAAGCGGAAAACUGAGAGCAACUCCUUCAUCGCCCCUUUCACGAAUAUCUUCUCCUUCAUGAAUUUCACAAUGGACAUUCCGGAUAUCUUGGCAGGGUUUGGCAUUGGCGCGGGAACCACAACGCCAGCCCCAACCUCUGUCAAGCCGGUAGGGGUAAGCACUAAUGAGAAAAUGGUGGACGUGGCACUGAGACUCUCAACAAUUGGCAGGGAAGAUACCGCCGUCUACAUCCACAAAGAAGAUAAGGAUACCUGGCUUCCGAUUCUCACCUCAGUGCCGACGGACGACACUGCAAUCUCUACUCCCUCUCUCGACCUCGAUCAUCUUCCUCCUGGCACGAUCAUCUCUGUCCACAAACCCUCCGAACUCAUGGAAGCUCUCUCCUCGGGGACCAGCUUCUACAAUACCCCACUAAAGGGAUUUGAGAAACCAGAGCAACUUUCCAUUUUCUCGGAAGUUUCAGUCGUUGAAAGAGAGCACUCUCAUGGAAAUUCUCAUACUGAAAACAAACCGCCGAUUUAUUAUUACCCAUCUAUAUUACCAGCGAGUUCUGUCCAGGGCCGUUUGCAAGACGAGGCAUCGAAGGUCUCUUAUCAUGUCUCUCCAGAAUCAGUUUUGAACGUCUCUCCUGUAGGCCCUUUUAAGGAACCAGGGGGACCUCCUAUAGGAUCUUCUUAUUCCUCUUUUGUAGCGUCAUCUCCCUCUUCACCUUUAGGAUCACCUCAUUCUGCUCCUCAUCCGUCACCUAUUCAUACUCCACAAGUUUCAGCUGUUCCUAGUCCUUCAUCAUUUGGAGGAUUACCUGCAGCUCCGUCGUAUUCCCCAAUCUUCCCUACUAGCGAUCAAGAAAAUUUGCACUUUAAGAAGCCAAGCAUUAUCGCCGAGGUUCCUCCCCUAGAAAUGGUUCCCCCGCCUAUGGAGCCUCCUCCCGUGAAAAUGGUCCCACCUCCUGUCACUCAAUAUACUCCUGAGAUCGACUUAACAGAAGAUGAAGUUAACGAAUUAAUAGAUUCUAUUUUCUGUGCUUGUGAAAAGGGCGACCCAUGUGACUGUGAGGAACUUAGUGACCUAGUCCUCGUUUUUCCUCCCAAACCUAUGGAACCGUAUGUGUUUUUGCCGCUGGACUCCCUCUCCUCGCCAUCCCUUUCAAAUCGUCUGCCGUCCCUGACCAAGCCUCCUGGAAAUGUGCCACAAACGAAUAUUCAUUCACCUCAGCACCAUCAAGAUGUCUAUCCAGCAGGACCGUCAAUCCAUCAGUAUUCAGGAGCCGUCAGCCAACCUCAGUUCACACAACAACCAAUUUACAAGCACCGAGAGUCUGCACAUCCGCCCGCUCCAGUCUAUAAACAAGUGGAAACAUCCUAUCCACCAGCUCCAGUGUACAAGCACCCAACACCAUCGCUUGCACCAGCACCAGUUUACCAGCACAAAGCACCAUCACAUGAACAAGCUGCAAGUUUUCGACGUACAGCGCCACCGAGUCAACGACCAGCUCCUGUGCAUUUCCAAAGCGCUCCAAUAACCCCCACUGCAUUAAGGCCACAGGCAUUCUCUAUUACAGGGCCAGUUUCCUUUGAGACAGAUGCAUUCACUCUUGAAAUUACAUCUAAUGAAGAAGGCUCAAAAGAGUUCACAUCACAAGAGGUGCGCUCGAAUUCGGUUGAGUCCCCAAACGGUUUUGAAAUCCGAAACCCGCACAAUCUGCUUGACUUCAGGGGCGGCGCAGCGUUGGUGCAUCCAGGACAGGGAUUGCCGUCGCAGUUCGCGAACCACGGCCUUCAGUCUUUCGUUGCUAAAAGGGAGUCACAACCAUCAGUAUACACGCACUCACACGCGCCUCAAUACCCUGUAUCCUACAACCUCGAAUCCAGCCCCUCUCAGGCGAUUGCUUUCCGUUCACAUCCAGGGUCCAACGCCUUUCGUCAUCCACCGGGCAAGACGCCGCAGACAGCUCUGCCAAAAGCUCCUCCGCACUCCAGCUCUUAUCAUCACCCGGAAAUCAAGUUGAAGGAAGCGGUGCCUCAGCCGCAAGCUCGUCCUCUGCAGAGAGACGCUCAGCUGUUUUCAAUCCAGCCGUUGCCCUUGGACUCCUUCCACCAGAUUACAGCGCCCCAGUACUUCCACGAGAAGCCCGUGAUCCAAAUCUUGCCUGAAGCCCCGAAGCCGAAGACAUUCCAGGUAACGGCAACCCCUCGUCCACCCAAGAAUGCGCCGUCGCGGAGAGAGCAGCGACCCGGCACUCCGAGCGGCUCAUCCGGCAGUGCCUUCAGCCCUUCCCCUUCGAUGCAACAGUCGUAUCCAUCUGCCCUGCUGUCGCGCAACCACGCCUCCGCCCACUCGAAGGCUGCCAGUUCCGGCCUGAAGAACAAGCUGUCUAUCGCCCAGCUCCUGUCCUCCGUUGCGCGCCAUUCAUCGGACUCCCUCGUCACCUCCGACUACUCCAACAUUGCCAUCGCCAACCAGCACCAUCCUCCUCCGAGCUCUUCUCCAGCACCCGCCACCGAGUACUCCAACAAUGCCGUCGCCAACUAUCCUCCCAAUACGUCGGCGCCUACUCCGACUCCAGCCUCGUCAUUUCAAACCUUACCGUCGGCGGGAUUGCAAGAAAUAAAGUCGCCGGUAUCAACGUUGUCUUCACAAUCAGUCUCUCCGGUGCCUCCUUUGACGCCAAAGAUAGUACAUUCAGUGUCAUCUUCUGUAAGCUCAUCUUCAUUGCCGCGUCCACAUAAUCAGACUCAUCAAAGUUCGCCUUCGCUGCCAUCAUCGUCACGUGUUCGAUCCCUUUCAAGGGCAGUUUUUACGCGGUCGCCGUCGAUAUCACAAACGACAACUCUGCAGCCAUCUUUAUCCACUUUACAAAAGUCGACUAAGCAUCCUUCCCUCCUGCACCCUCUUCCUUCCCUUCCGGACUCUCCCUCCCUGACCCUGACAGUCCCUUGCCUUGUCAUCCUUCCUCAUGCACGACGAAACAGACUUGGACCAUUCCCGAAAGCCACGAUGAUCACGAUGGAAAAUGCGCCGACGAAGCAGAUCAAGUGUGCAAGUCAACUGGAAUCUUCUUCCUCUCAAAGGCUCAGGCCAAGACAAGCGGCGCCAUCCAGCUGUUUGCCGGAAGCGCAAAGG